CUUUCGGUCAGUGUCGAUACGAUCGGCGUAGUUGGUUCAACGAGCUGCCAAUUUAACAACAAACUCGUUAUUUUAUUUUAUUUAUCAAAUUAAAUCAUUAAAACAGUGAAGUUCGUGAUAUUAUUAAUAAUAACAAUCAAAAAUUAGAAAAAUAAAAUGCUAAGAUACGUGGUUGUUAUCUCAUUGAUCGGUUUUGUCUUUUCCGCCCCAGCGGGACAAGAAUCCGGUCCAAAAUCCCUUCUGGAGGAUGCCGUUGACGUGUAUGCAUCCUGUGCCUCCGAGCCAGACGUGUCAGUUUGUCUAAAAUUGAAAGCACUGAGAUUCGUUGACCGGGUCGCGAGAUCCGCGGACAUCAGUAUCGUAGAUGGGCUUAAAAUCGUUCAGACCGAGGAGGCCAAGAGAAGUCGUGCUGACAAUGCAAGGUCAUUGAAUGACAUCGAAGCUAGUUUACCAACUGAAAUGGAAGCUCGUGAGGCUGCCGUUGAUGAGGCUCUUGUUGACAGGGCAGGAAAAUUCCUGUCAACCCACACCGUCGAACUCAGUUUGCCCGAAGAAGUUUCACGGUCAUUCGACGAAGCCCGAGGUAAGAAGAAGAAGCUCGCAAAAACCUUAAUGCCACUUCUGUUUCUCUUGAAAAUGAAAUUCGCGAUUUUGAUGCCAAUCGUAUUGGGAGCUUUGGCUCUUCUGGCAUUCAAAGCCCUGGUGAUCGGCAAGAUCGCUCUGAUAAUAUCGGCUAUUUUGGGUCUGCAAAAGCUUUGGGCAAACAAGAACCACCAGAGCUACGAGGUUGUCGCUCACCCGGCCCACCAUGAAGAACACCACGGCUGGGGCAGAUCGGCAACUGGAGCCGAGCUUGCUUACAGCGCUUACAAGCCAACUAAUUAAUUAAUUUAUAUAUAUUUAUUUAUUUAUCAUUAAUCAUAAAUUAACGGCCAUUGACUAAGUUCACUGCAAGACUUAACUUUACUCAACAUACGAGACGCUUAUCGACCGAGAAGAUUACCGAUUGGACUUAGCUACUGUUUUGAUAUUAGCUGCUCAAUCGAUCCUGCUGGGAUUCGUUGUCAGAUGCCAUAGACCUAGACCUAAAUCAUAGACCACUCACGGAUUGUUUUGUAUCUCACAGACGGAUAACUUACGAACGGACAGACGCCAUCUUAGGAGGACAUUUGAGGUUAAUUAUACUGAUUGGAUUACCGUGCCCGAGGUUACUUAGUGCGGUUUUACUUGGAGUCUUGUACAGUUGUUUUAAGGAUUGUUUAAUAAUGUGUCAAUUUUUGUGCACUGGUCAAUUAAGUUAAAGGCAGACUCCUAGUCAGAUCACCGCGGACAGAUUACCCAAUGACUAAUUAUUUAUACACGGUUUUCUUUAUGAAACCGGUUCAUUUUAAUAUGUAACUUAUAAAUUUGUUAUUUAUAAAUAAAUAUAAUUUUAAUUUAA